AUUAAAAUAAUGAAAUUCCAUUCAAAGAUCCAGAUGACGAAGCUAGAAUAACGAUUCAAUGGAAUAAUGGUAAAUGUUUGUAUUUGUCAAAGCGCUACACCACUUUCGUUGCAUUGUUCCGACAGAGUUCAAUUACAGGCGAUUCUCGGCUGCGAUUCGUGGAGGCGCGUGCCGCUUGAUUGGCGUGCGACUGGGUAUAUAAGUCCGUUUAUGGAAGCGUGCGAACUGACAUAUCACCAAACGUGUAUAAGAAAAAGGGGGGAACCUGAAAAAUGUUUAGAUAAUUUGUACAGCAGCUACCAUGACGAUAAGAAAUAACAUCGCGGGUAAAAAUUUGCGCAAGAAAAAAAAAACUUUGGAACUUUUAUGAACAAGGAAAAACUCGUCCUGAAGAUGUAAACUUUGGUGGAAGAUAUGAAACUUUAAAUUGUUUGGUUAAAACUCAAGUGACAGGAGAAAAAAAAUGCCCCGGUCGUUUCUAGUCAAAAAAGUGAAAGGUGACGAAGACCGACACCCGAACCAAUACAGAAUCAGGGACGUGUUCGAGGACUCGGUGGCGAGUUUGAAGGCAGCCACUCCUUUCACCCCAGUUGUGCAGCCUCUCUCUGUCCGCAUCAGUAACGGUUAUAUUCAAGAUGUCGUUGUUCCAACACUGCCACAGAAUUCGGCAACCAUUAUAGAUGAUUUUGACUCCAGAGAAAAAUACGAAGAAAUACGUCGCCAGGAAUCACCCUCCCCAGACCCAGUUCCUGAUAAAGACUUGGAGGUCGAAAUCCGAACAUCCCUUCCCAGUUUGCACACCGUGGGAUACACGUAUGACGCAUUUUUUGUUAGUGACGGAAGAUCACGCAAAAAUACUUUUGGGAUUCCGAUAAAAGCCCAGAAACAAAGAUACACCUGCAACGAAUGUGGAAAAGAUUACGCUACGUCAUCGAAUCUUUCACGUCACAAACAAACACAUCGAAGCCUCGACAGUCACUCCGCCAAGAAAUGUCCACAUUGCGAAAAGGUUUACGUGAGCAUGCCUGCUUUGUCAAUGCAUAUUCUCACUCAUGAACUCAAACACAAGUGCGACAUGUGCGGCAAAUCGUUUUCUAGACCAUGGCUUCUCCAGGGGCACAGGCGUUCCCACACCGGCGAAAAACCGUUCGGAUGCGCACACUGUGGCAAGGCUUUCGCCGACAGAUCAAAUCUUCGAGCCCAUAUGCAGACUCAUUCAGCAUUCAAACAUUUUAAGUGCAAGAGAUGCGAUAAAUCGUUUGCCCUGAAAUCAUACCUUAACAAGCAUUAUGAGUCGGCGUGUAUCAAAGAUGGUACUGAAUCAGAGACAGGGUCUGUAAUGUCGGAACUGUCCGUUCUAUCGGAGGUCUCUUGUUAUUCUGAGUGUUAGAACUGCACAUUUUGCACAAUUAUUACCAAUAUUUAAUUUGUUGUGCCAAUUUCUAAAUAUUAGAUCUCCCUAAACACUAGUAAUGGCUUGUGUAUAACAUCCUAUUAGCACUUUCCUGGUGGUCUUAAAAAGAUUUUCAUAUCAACAAAGACCAAUUUCCUAUUUUCGUAGAACAUUUUUACCCACGGUAUUUUACACUUGUUCACUUUUAAUAUUAUCACCAAUGUGUCUUCGUACUUCAAAUAUGUUGUUUAUUUAAACAUUGUAGAGUGAAACAACUUAAUAUAAUUCUAGAUAUGCACAACAUGUUAUUCCAAUGCACGAUAAUCUAGCACAAAAUCGUCGUCAUCUAUUUUUGUACAUAUACUUUGCACGCUGUAGAGGUGUUCGAACAACAUUUGUUGUUGUCUGUAAACAUUUUGUUGUUUUCGCUUCGCUUUGGUUUCAAAGCAGUCAUGAGUUAUCUAGUCCACCGAACUCUAGUCAGUCAAGCGGAACAUACAUUUCUGCCUUGGCCCGAGGUGUUGGGACGAUAUACAUGCACGAACACCAGAGUCUGUAGAAUAACAGCAGACAAUGGAGAGGAAGUUUGUGAUUUUCUGUUUGUGUAAUUCGUGUUUUAAAUCAGAAUUAUUGUUAAUGAGAUUUUAAGUUUCUAAUUGUAUUUGUAUUUUAAGCUCUCAUUAUGGUUGUGACUUUGUAGAUACUUUUACCUUGUACAUGUGCACGUGGUCGUCUGCUUUGGUAGUUUACAGAUGUAUGACGGUACGAUUAGAAUCGGAAACAUUGUGCUAUAUUUUAUCAUAUUUUUCUUGCAGUUCAAAAUUUGUCGUGUAUCAAUCACUUAUGAUAUCUUAGUACUUUUAUUACACCAUCGUCCAGAUCUACUUUUUUAGUAAUGGUUAUUUCACUUUGUAUAUUCAUCUCACCAUUGUCCAGAUACGUCACUUGUAAUUGUUAUCUCACGUGACGUGACGUAAUGUCUUUCCUUAAAUUACGUCACAACAUUUGUUCUUUGUCAUGGAAUAUGUGCAAUAGCCGCUAACAGUAUUAUCUUUGUCUUUUGAAUGUUGCUGUUAAAAUAAACAAAUUUAAAGAAGAAAAA